CACAAUUCGGUCUGUGCGUGGAGAUCCCGACAGAAUGCAGUAUACGCGCCUAACGCUCGCCUUAAUGUUUACACGUUGCUAAGCAACUGACGCCAUCCUGUGGUCAGAAGCAGAUUUUUUUUAUCCUAUGAAAUUCGAACAGUUCGACGGUUCCAGGACGGUGAAACGGAAGUAGUUUCUGAUCUACUCUGGUGCUGCUUUCUUGUAAACAAUUUGAAUCCUCAACUAAAACGCAGAAGCAGUGGGCAGUGUGCGGUGAAGCACUAUGGAUGACAGCUUACACACCUUUGACGAAAAUGGCAUUCCAUUACCCAAAGAUAAGCCGCCGUCUGCACGUUCAGCGGAGCGCAGGAAAAAGUCUGAUGGGCGGACGUCUUCUAGACCGAAAAGCACUCCAGCAGCAAGUCUUUUAAACGAUUCUGUCGAAAUAACAAGCCAGAAUGGGGAGCUGUCCGAUAUGUUCCAUAUGAAUGGACAUGGGCUUGAUGUAACAGCCUCAUUCGUUGUCGGGGAAGUCCGAUGGGACUACAUGAACAAAGACAGAAUGCGCAAAAGAUCUGGGAACUUGACAUCAUUUUUUAGAAGGCGUCGGUCUUCAUCUUCCACCAGAGAAUUACAAAAUCAUGUCAAACUGUCAAAAGUAUUUGGUGCUUGCAUAAAACGUCGCCAAAAAGCAGGACAGAAGGAGAAUGAAGGAUAUGUGUUAGGAAUUGGCCUUUUCACAUUUGAACAUAAAGACCCUAAUGUUAUGCAAGUGAAAGAAGUUUACUUUGAACACCCAAGUGUAGAGAUAUGUACAAAAUGGACACAACAAUUAGGAGAUUAUAUAUAUUCAAUUCCAAAUCGACCAAAGAAUGUAAAACUAUUUCUCCAAAGACAUGCUGGCGACAACCAUGGAAAGAGCAUAUACAAGAGUAAAAUUCUUCCUAUCUUCAAAACAGCUUGCAUAGCUGUGGACCUUAGCGAGAUUGUGAGCAGUGAGCAGGUGAUGCAGGACAUGAUGCAUAUUAACUUGGAUGAUUUUGACUGCAUAAUUGCAAUGGGAGGAGAUGGCACAGUGAAUGCUGUAAUGAAUGCUCUUUUGAACAAAUCACAGAAGGAAGCUGAUGUGGAAAUGAAACAUGGGUUCAUGCCUGUAAAGGCACUUAAACCACUUGGCAUCAUUCCAGUAGGCAAAACUAAUCACAUUGCACACUCAGUCAUGGGCACUGCAGAUCCAGCUACUGCAGCACUGCAUAUAGUAUUUGGACACUGGACUCCUGUUGAUGUGUGCUCCAUCUACACACCCGAAAUAUUUACUCAGUGGGCUUUCAACUGUCAAUAUGGGUUUGCUGGAAAUGUCCUGAAAUUCAUGACACGCUACAGUGCACUUGGUUCAAGAAAGAUCGAGGCUGCAUUUCUAAAAGCACUGACAUCUUCAAAGCUGAGGUCAUAUGACUGCGAAAUUGAAUACAUCCCCUCACCCAAUGUCACAAGUCAAAAUAUGUCUCAGGUUUGUAGAACAGGGUGUCAGUUGUGCAGUGGUAUUAAACAGGAGCGGGAAUCUUCCAGUCCUGUCAAAGAUGUAGUGCAGGAGCUACAUCUUGAUGACUCCACAUCCAGCAUAGGAUCUGUGAUUGAACUUAGUCAAGAGAGUCCGUGGAGUACAGUCAAAGGCAGCUUCAUGAAUGUGUGUAUAUUUUCCUUACCUGGGAACUGUGACAUUGCACCACAAGGUCUUAGUAAGUUUACUCAUCUGUCUGAUGGCAACAUUGACUUAGUUCUCGUAAAGAAGUGUGAUCGCAAGGACUUCAUCCGAUUUCUUAGGAGGCAUGGAAACUCAAAAAAUCAGUUUGACCUCCCUUUCAUCCAAGUCAUCCGUUGUAAGGAGGUCCGCUUCCGACCUCGGAUACCCUCCAGUUGGAACUACAAUGACCACAGCUUCUCCGAAAUUCAGUACCAGAUGUCUCAGGCAGAGAAACUGAAAAAGGGAUUUAGGUCUGUAGAAGUCAUCAAUGAUCUGGAUAGUAACAUGUCAAGCCCUGAGCGACAGAUGACUACUAAAACCAUAAGUGUGCAGGCUUUGGACGUUAGUGAUGAUGAUGACGACAAUGAUGAUGAUGCUGAUGACAUAAUGGAGCUUGGAUCAAGGUAUGCAUCUGGCCAAAGAGAUGGCAAUGAGACAGAAAACUCCAUUCCUGCUGCUCGAGAAGGGAAGUGCAGUGAGAUUUAUGAGAAGGAUGAGCCUUCUAAAUUCCAGUAUGUGGGAACUCAGUAUCGGCAAACAUUUGCGGAGGCAGAGAUAAAAGAAGACAGAAGAUAGCAAGAAAGAAGGAGGAAAAAAUGAAAGCCAGAGAAGAAAUGAAGUCUAGAUCUGUCUGGACCAUUGAUAAUGAAAUCUGUAAGGAUUUAGAAAUGGAUUUCAAGGUCCAUAAAGGAUUACUCAUGGUGUCUGGACAAGGUGUAUCUCCACACACUGAGUUUACAGAUGUUAGGUUUGGAUGUUUAUCAGCUUAACCACACUGAAGACUUAACAAACUUAUGGUUGUUUUUUUUUAUAGUACAUGGGAAAACAUUAAUUUAUUGCCAAAACACAUUCUCAUAAAGUGCAGCCCCUCUCUGCUCUCAUCAGUACAGCUGCAAUUUGUGUUCUGUCACCUAAAACUUGAUCAUUUGUUGGUAACAAAUUUACCUAAUCAAACCAAAUGUGUUCAGCAGUGCUCUGUGGGGCUUUUUAAAUUUAGUAGCUAAAGGUAAAAACUGCACAAUGGUCUGGGUUCAUAUUCAUGGACAAUGGCAAUUAUUUAAUCCAUUGGUAAAAUUGCAUUAAUAUGGAUAAGAAACCAGCUGGUUAAGUUACCUGACUGGAAAACUAACUCCUGACUCAUAAGGCACUGAAAAAUGAAGUUACCUAAGCAACAGGCACAGCAGCAACUGAAAAAUUGUGCCACUGCAUGUGUUUUUGAGUCAGAAGCAGAAAAUCUACAACUAAAAUGAGAAACAAAACAAAAAAAUGUCAAUAAAAGUACAGAAUUCUGACGAUUUUCCACAAGCAAGGAAUACAAGGAUAAAAAUAUACAUUUUAUUUUCAUUAUGGAAAACAUGAUUGCUGGAGAAAACCGAAGGGCAGCAUUGAAAUGGUAUUUAUCAAACAGUUAUGUGCCAUAUUAUGUCCACUUUGUUAGGCAUAGAAAAAUACAUUGUUGGCUUCUGUUGAACUAUAAUGCAUUCACAAUCUUUGUUAUGUUUACCCAAGGUGGGAGAAGGUUAUCAGAAGUUAUUAUAUAUCCAAUAAAAUACCAGCUUGUAAAAUGAUUUGGCUAGACCUAGCUCAAGUUCAUGAAUGCUGGGUUUUAGUUAAUCAAUCCACUCAGAUCGGGUAGGGUAACAGACUAGAAAAUGUACUUUAUGAAUAUAAGCCUUUGCUGAUAUUUGAAAACCAGACCUGUUAUUGAGUACAUCCUUGCCACCAGCAAAACUUUAUAUAAGGGCUGUGGGGCUUGUCUUGGUAAAAGUAAUCAGUCAUCAUCUACUUUUGACAUGCACUAACGGCGCAUUGGAGAGACUAAGGAGGGAAACAAAACAGCAUUUCUGGUUGCGUUGUGUAUUUGUAUGCAGAUGAAUUUCAGUUCAUGCGCAUGUAUAUGACUACAGACAUCUUUGCUGAAUAAAAUACAAAAAUAACAAAUUACAUAAGGAUCAAUGUUAAAAACUGCUAAUUUUUUUUUCAUUUUCAUUAUUAUUAAAUGCUUGUCAUCUUGUAAAAGAUUAGAUGCUUAUUGCAUACAUUUACCAAUAUAUACUUAGCCUAUUUAUAUACUAUUAAUGUUCAUCAAUGACACAAUGAUUUAACAUUUUAACAGUUCUAUGCAUACCUGAAAAAAAUUGAGUGUACAUCAGGGGUGGGAAACCUCCAACGUCCAGUCCACAAAAUCAUGUAGGAGCUUUUUUUUAUAGCAACACAAAUUUAUAUUAAGCGAAAUAAAAUAAUGUAAAUUUUGAGGGACAAACCAGGAACAUUCAUUAUAAGAUAAACAGAACACAUGCAAGUUCAUGGUGGGACACACAUGCUUCUCAUCAGCCCAUUCGCCCCUGUGUUGCAGAGACUAAGACAGCAGGUGGGCUGGGAGUGUACAUGUUGUAAAAGUGGUAGCAUGCUGUGGCUAAACUACAGCUUUAGCAAAUAUAGUAGGUUAAUUAUUGAUAAUUUUGUAUGGUCCACAAAUGGUACUAUAAAUAUCCAAACAGCGCUUGACAGAAAAUGUUCCCCAGCCCUGUUGUACACUGUCAGAGAUACACAUAACUGAAAUCUUUUGCAACUCAUUGUUUCAAUCACAACACAUAAUUAUUACCUUUAUUUAACAAAUUUGGGCUGAAUGCACUUGUUAAAUAUUCAUCAUUUCACGUUUGUGUGGAUAUUGAGAUCCUUCACAAAAAUUGGGGUGUUUAAAUCAUACAUCGGUUUGAAUAUCUUACAUCCUAGUCACUGAAAGGCGACUUUUCCUCUAGCAUAGCAAACUAUACUAAGUCCAUAGAUUUUAAGAAACCCACCAUUUUGCUUGAAUAGUUUACAAAUGCAAAGAUGCACACUUUUAAAUACUUCUUUUCAGGAGGUGAUUAUUGUGAUAAUUUUUUGUUUUUCAUGAUCUGUAAUUGAGGUAUUCCUGAUUUUUCUUUGAAAUCAAAAACAUAUGUGUGUGUAUAAGAGAGAACAAAUGUUUACCUGAACCUUUUACAAGAUUCAACCACAAACAGCACGAAGCCUUUCUUUCCUGCGCGUCAUUAGGUUUAUUAUAUACAGACAGCUAUAAGGGCAUAAUGUUGUAUGACAGCUGUCUAAUUUUGUCACAGUGAAUUCAAGCAAUAAGACACAAAUAAGUGUUAAAAUGUGUUAUCUAUAUAUUGCCACCUUGAAAGAAGCAUGAAAUGCAAAAUACUGUUGAAAACAAGUUCAUCUUGAGAACAAAGACAUGUUGCUUAAGCAUUAAUGUAAACUGCUGAUACUGUGCUCAUGUGAAUUUGUAAAAUUUGCAUACUGCUGUAAAUAUCACCUGAUUUUUUAACAUAGAUUUUGUAGAUCUUAAGUUAAAAGAUCUUUAAUUACUAUAUUACUUAAAUCUUUUAAAAUCUUUGUUAUUACAUAUUGGACUGGGGUUUCAAAAAACUAGUUACCCAUUCUGUUCUUUGACGCCACAUCCUCAAUAGAAGAAAACAAAGGCUAACAAAACUGGAAAGAUGUUUUUUGUUUUUCAUACAGGCAGCCAUGAACUUUAAAAUAUUCAAACAUCAAUGGCACAUAUACAAAUCCACACAUUUUACAUGCACUACAAUAUGAAAAUAGAGAUUGAAACAAAAAUUUAUGAAAAUCAUUAAACGAUCCUGACCCGCAAUUGAAAAAAAGGUCUUCCGACGCAAGUGGCACGAAUAGACAUUAACAUCUAAGUCAACAUCACAUUUUAGGUGAUGUUUUGUCAAGAGCAUUGACAGUUUCUGACUAAAGAUAUCAAGUUCUUACAUUACAACUUUUCUCUUCUUUUGGUUACAUAUUACACAAGCAAUACAUUUAUUUGAAGCAGUUUAUUUAAACUGUUUUAAAUCUAUGAUUAUUUUACUGGUGCUAAGACAAGCAAAUAUUAGAAUACUUUAAUGUAAAAUAUUCUUCAGCAUCAUUGCAUAUCUUGUCAUGAAAUGGACAAUAGAAAGAAGUUUGAAAUGCUUGUUUUCCUUUAAAAUAUCUUGCUGCUUGUUUAACGAAGCUUUCAGAACUAGUCAUUAAAAAAUACAAACUGGCAUACUUUUAUUGUCUUAUAGGGUGUCCUUUUAAAACGUUGUAGAUCAACAAUAUAGAAACUUACAUUACUUGUUACAUAGCAAUUAAAAAUCAUGUGCAUUACCUAUUAUUUAAGAGCUUUUUCCUAAAACCAUUUCUAAUUGAAAUUUUAGGCAUUAGCAGCAACAAGAGGCUUUAGAUCAAAUUCUAAACACAUUAAUUUUAUUUUGUAUUUUAUAUAGGUAAUAAAAAAUACUAAACCUUAAUAUUAUGUUAAACUGAAGCUAACAUAUUUCCAGCUUUGUAUCCUAGAGUACAGAUCAGCAAAGUUAAUUUUUUCCAUUCACUGCUGUGCAUUCUUUGAUCUUGAAUUUUGAGCAUUUGUGACUAAGUACACCCCAUUAUUGAGCUUUUAUAUCUUACGAUCCUUUUCAGAAUGUAUAUUUCUGCAAUGCUACUUUUUUUGGGGGGAGGUAAUGUUUCAGAUCGUAAAGCUGUUGCAUGAAAACAUGGAUAAUAGUGUUACUAAUGCAAACAGCAAGAUUGCCAGAAGCAAAAUGUAGGCAAGUUCUGUGGGGAAGUGAAGGUACAGGGAAAGGAAGAUCAUUUAAGUACUAGGCAUUUUGGGGCUGAUGAAUCUCACCAUGUUAUAGUACUCAUUUAAAAACUUUUUAACCACUAUUAUUCUUAAUAUUUCUAUUGUUUUUCAAGGCCUUGGUAAGCCAUGAAUACAGAGUCUGCGAAUAAAGGGGCAUGACUAAUUAAGUGUGUAAUCUGUAUUCUCUAAUCCUCACAUUUUAUAAGCUGUGAUCCAAGUGCAUAUUGUGUUCUGAGACCCAUCAUCAUAAAAUAUCUAAUAAUUAUUGUGGUUUCUAUGCAAAAAAGAUGGCAACAUUUUCUUUUUAAGUUCUAUACUCUUUUCUUUACGUCUUGUUAACAUUUAUUUCUGAAAAUAUUUUGUACUUCUGCUUUGAAAUAUUACGUAAUAAAUCAGAGAUGAAAAAGAGCUGAAAGCUAAUUCUGAAGUCUGGCUGUUUUCUACAGCAUUUAAAUAUUUAAUUUCCAUUAAUUUUAAGAAACAAAAAUAAUAAUCAAAGUAACAGCACUUCUCUACUGGCAGCAAGCUCAAUGUGCUUUGAUAUAAGCAAUCAGGUCAGCAAUAUCCAUGUAGAUUACCAGACUCCACAGCACAAUCUCACCAUAGGAAAACUCAAUAUGUUGUGCCAAAAACUAAAUAUGGCCAGAUGGCACAGACGUUACAGUUGAAUAAAAAAAAAAUGCACUAGAAAAUUGAGACGAGUUGCAAAGACACAGAAACUAAUCCAGAAACAUGCGUAAAGAUGUCACAGAUUUAUGGAUCACUGGUACACACAAAACCUGAUGAAGAUAAACGGGCAAAGACAAAAUGCGAUGAUCUGUCACCCUCCAGCCAGUUGGGCAAAGGGACAUUAUUUCUUUGCUUUAAUAUCUUUUU